AAAAUCAUCUCCACUUAAAGGGACGAUGGGUUGGAUACGGGCGCUUUUUCUGUCGAUUUUUAUCCUGCAUGUGUACCAGUCACUGGAAGUGAAUGGAAGAUCAAUUCCCCGUCCAGUGUGCCGCGCCCGGGUCGACUUGGCUUUCAUCAUCGAUGGUUCAGGAAGUAUCGAGGCUUAUGGCAGAGGAAACUUCCGACGAUGCCUCAACUUUGUCAAAGCGAUUGUCAGCCGCUUUAACUUCAGAGGCGGGCAAACCCGAGUAGGAGUCGUACUGUACUCGUCUAAGCCUCGGCUGAUCUUCGACUUCAGACGUUAUCGUUCUAAACGGCAGAUCAUAAAUCCAAUCAUUCGCAUACGAUACCCUAGGGGUGGUACAAUGACCGGAUAUGCCAUGCGAAAAACCGUUGCUAUAGUAAUGACUGAUGGAAGAUCAUCUGACAAUGUGGUGCCUCCUGCCAAUUUGUUCCGACGAUCAAACAUCAAAUGUUAUGCGGUUGGAAUCGGUCGGAGAUACAACAGAGGACAGCUCUUACAAAUAGCGGCAGGACGUCGAAGUCACGUGAUAACAGCCGGGUUUAGACAGUUGGGCUCUAUAGUGGGAACAAUACAACGACGAGCAUGUAGAGGUACACGCCCUGUUGGAGGGGCGUGCCGUGCUCGGGUCGACUUGGCCUUCAUCAUCGAUGGUUCAGGAAGUAUCGAGGCUUAUGGUAGAGGAAACUUCCGACGAUGCCUCAACUUUGUCAAAGCGAUUGUCAGCCGCUUUAACUUCAGAGGCGGGCAAACCCGCGUAGGAGUCGUACUGUACUCGUCCAGACCUCGGCUGAUCUUCGGCUUUAGACGUUAUCGUUCUAAAGGGCAGACCUUAAAUGCCAUCAAUCGGAUACGAUACCCAAGGGGUGGUACUAAGACCGGAUAUGCCAUGCGGUACUGUUAUAGCCGGGUGUUCCGAUAUGCACGGGGAGGAGUUCGUAAGGUUGCUAUAGUAAUGACUGAUGGAAGAUCAUUUGACAAUGUGGUGUCUCCAGCCAAUUUGUUCCGACGAAAAAAAAUCAAAUGUUAUGCGGUUGGAAUCGGUCGGAGAUACAACAGAGGACAGCUCUUACAAAUAGCGGCAGGACGUCGAAGUCACGUGAUAACAGCCGGGUUUAGACAGUUGGGCUCUAUAGUGGGAACAAUACAACGACGAGCAUGNCUUAAAAGGAGGAGUUUGCAACCUUCCAAAAGUCACUGGCCCUUGCCGAGCUGCAAUGCGAAGAUGGUACUAUAA